AUGCGUCUCCGCAACUAUAGACUCCAAGUCUCGGUUAAGUUACCGAGGUCUAACUACACUCAUCCAUUCAGCACCUCACGAGCUUCUCACAACUACGAUGCUACGUUGAAAAACCUAAAAAUUGGACGACAUACACGAGUGAUAUUUCAAGGCUUUACAGGCAAACAAGCCACGGCCAACGCCAAAGAGUCCCUCGAAUGGGGUACCGACAUCGUAGGCGGCGUGACCCCCGGCCGUGAAGGCGAGCACUUGGGUCUCCCCGUUUUGCCCACCGUCCGCAAGGCGGUUGAGGUGCUAAAGCCAGAUGCCACGGGAAUCUAUGUUUCUGCGCACCAGGCGACUGCGGCCAUCGUGGAGGCUAUCGAGGCCGAGGUACCGCUUAUAGUUGCUGUGGCUGAGCAUAUUCCGUUGCACGACUUGCUCCGAGUAAUAAAUUUUUUUUCUUGUAUACAUGCUAUCCUGAAAACGCAGUCGGUUUCCAGGUUGAUCGGGGCCAACUCGCCUGGGAUCAUCUCGGCGGUUGGGAGGUGUAGGAUUGGGUUUCAACCGCUGCCAUGUUUUGAGCCUGGUAUAAUUGGCAUUGUGGCCAGAUCGGGUACUCUUAGCUAUGAAAGAGCUGCCGCGUCCACACUCAGAUCCGGCUUGGGCCAAAGCAUGUGUUUAGGCGUGGGCGGGGAUAUUGUCCCCGGCACAACCCUCACAGAUGGACUGAAGAUCCUCGCAGAAGAUGCAGACACCGAGGGCAUUGCGUUGGUGGGAGAAAUAGGAGGUAAUGCCGAGCUUGAAGCUGCCGAUUGGAUCAAGCAGUACCGGGCAACGACCAAGACUCCCAAUAUUUGGAGGCCGAUAGUUGCCCUCGUCGCCGGUGUCAAUGCCGUCCCAGGCCGGAUCAUGGGCCAUGCCGGCGCAUUUACUCUACCCGGAGAACCCACCGCACCAGCCAAGAUAGAGGCGUUGAAAUCAGCUGGAGCGACAAUCAUCAACCAUCCCUCAAGAUUCGGGUCAGUCCUCAAGACUAUGCUCGCCGGCGCAAUGCCCACAGGGGGUGGUAUUGCAUCCCCUCGCACUGCUUCACAAGGCCGAGGAAUGCACACCUUGGCCCGCCGCCCUAGAUCAACCAACAACACCACAACAGCCGCUUUUUCACCUCAGACCCAAAAGAGGAACAUCUCACUGACACAGACCACAACCCUCGACCUCCUCCGGGAACAUGGCAUCGCGAUCACUGACCCCGAAGCCCCCGCUUCAGGCCCCCAAAGGUUCCUAGCCAUCUCCAUCAACCGCUCAUCCCGCAGCCCCUGCAUAGUAGUCUCCACCACCAGCGACACCAGCACUUCUCAAGUCUUCGACUUCGACUACAAUAAAGGAGCAGCUGACCUGCCCCUAUCCUCCAUUGCUACCGCCCUCGGCCUUGAUAGCCUCUGCCUCCCAUCCAUAACCCACCUUCUCACCGAACUGACCACCCUCUUCGCCGAGAAAGAGGCCUACCUCCUUUCCACCCUACUCACCAUCAACAACCCAGCCCAACCCAUCAUCUCCAUCUCAUCCGCCCACCUCCACCUCGACGACGCGGCCCUCCACUCUAGCGGCCGGCAAUCCGAGAUCCACUCCCUGCGCAACCUCUCCCUCGAAGACCCAGCCGAGCUCUCGGUCGAAAAAUACGGAAUUGCAUACAUAAAACUCCCCGACCCCAACGCCAACAUUGGGACUUUAGUCAACGGUGCUGGCCUAGCCAUGAACACGGUGGACGCGCUUGCCGACGCCGGCGGCAAGGCAGCCAAUUUCCUCGAUACGGGGGGAAAGGCGACGAGUGAGACGGUCAAGAGGGCGUUUGAGGUUAUUUUGAGAGACUCUAGGGUGAAGUGCAUAUUCGUCAACAUCUUCGGUGGCCUAACCCUAGGCGACAUGAUCGCCCGCGGUAUCGUCAUGACCUUCGAGGACCUACACAUGAGCGUCCCCGUCGUGGUGCGCAUCCGAGGCACCAACGAGGAUGAAGGGCGGCGCAUCAUCGCCGAGAGCCGACUGCCGCUGUUUGCGUUUGAUGAUUUUGAUGAAGCAGCGGCGAAAGCUACUGAAUUGGCCAAUGGGGCGGCAUAG